GAGGGUCCUGUGGACCCAGAGACCUUCCUGCGAGCCGCUGUCCAGGGCAAGAUGCACAUCAUUGAGAAGUUUCUGGCAGACGGUGGCCCCCCUGACACGUGUGAUGAGUUCCACCGCACGGCUCUGCACCGCUGCUCGCUGGAGGGACACACGGACAUCCUGCAGAAGCUGCUGGGCAGUGGAGCCACCGUUGACUUCAGGGACCGGCUGGACUGCACCGCCGUGCACUGGGCCUGCCGGGGCGGGCACCUGGAUGCUGUCAAGCUGCUGCAGGACCAUGGGGCAGACCUCAACCUGAAGGACAAGCUGCUCAGCACCCCGCUCCACGUGGCCACCCGGACUGGGCACCUUGACAUUGUGGAGCACCUCAUCCACUGUGGGGUGGAUGUCAAUGCCCCAGAUAGGGAAGGUGACACAGCGUUGCACGACGCCACACGGCUCAGCCGCUACAAGAUCAUCAAAAUGCUGAUCCUGCAUGGGGCUGACAUGAUGGCCAAGAACCAGGCUGGCAAGACCCCGACAGAUCUGGUGCAGCAGUGCACAGUGACUUGA